CUCACAUCACACACUCACUCUGUCAACGAAUUGAAACUCGAUUCCAAAGCUGAUCAUGAAGGCGCCAGCCCGCAAGUUGUCGCAGCAAAGAGCCAAAGUUUGAAAUGGCGGACCGCCACUAUAUGCACAUUGCAGCUUCAAACUUUCGGACGCUGCACGAUGAAAUAAAUUCGGCGACCAUCUCAUCAACGUUACUCUCCCAUGGCUGCUCCCCCCAUACCUUGAACCAUACUACCAUGGCAGCGGCUGUGGACAUCCUACGAUUUGUAGGCCGGAACAUUGGGGUCGUUGUGUCCAUUCUGUUCAGCGCUACAUAUGUCUACCUAGGCCUCUACCACCCUCGCAACCCCCUUCUUCCCCUCAUGUAUCGAGCGUUGCAGUGGCUCCUAUACGGAAUUCUCUACACCGGCGUGGGCGUGCUGGCUUUCUUUGCCAUAGCGCUCUUUGUGGUGACUCCAAUGGUGAACAUGCUGCUCGAGGGUGUCGAUAAUGGUGAUGAAACCACCGAUACGAAGAUGCCCGUAGCGCGAGACAAUGAGGAAGGCAUCGUUACAGGGAGCCCUGCGGACCAAAAGGGCCUUCGAGCAACGCUCUCCGAUGUUGGAUUUCUGGCUUUCAUUGUUUUGCUCCUCGUUGCAACGGCAUUCUCUCUUCGGCCCCCAGAGAUGUCGGUCGUCAACGGCACGUGGACCAUACUUCUACAAGCGACAACCCACGUCCUUAUCGUCGCCAUCUGCAUUCUUGGACCUAUUCUCAUCCUUUCCGCUCCAGUGUUAGCUGUCUUCGUGAUGGUUAACCGGCUCAGUUUGGAGCCAUACAAAACCAAGUGGUCGAACUAUACGCGGACUUACACCCUUGUCGUCGCUACCCCAACACAAUCGAAAUUUGGCCAACAAACUCUAUCCCCACUGCCCUUCCUAACCUCGACUCUCCAAACCCUCGGCAUCUCCGCCUACUCUCUGGCCGUCCUCUGGACAGUUUCAGACCGUGUAGCAUCUCGUUUAUUGCGUCGGGCAGUUACUCGUCCGGAAAUAACCACCAAUCCUCCCCCACGUCGUCCACUGCAAGAAGGACUUCUUCAAUGGGCCAACUUCGUCGUCAUGCCGUUUGCUAUGGCGCUUGACGGGUAUGCUUUCAAUGGUCAACUCGGAACGGGUAUCAAAGUUUUGAUUGCGGUUACUCUCGCUGCUUUCGGAAUCGUCGUGCUGGAUUUUUGCAUCUACUGGGUGUAUUUCUGGACACAAUCUGGUGUCAAAGAGCCUCUAUCGGACUCACCAAACGAAGCGAAAAUUGUGUUGACCCCCAGCAAAAUCAUGGGCGUUUUGCUUAUUCAACUUGCGCAACACCACCGCAGAGCUGCUGCUGCCGCAGGUCCUAGUAUCAUAUGUUAUCGUGACAAAUCAAUUUCCUCGUCACUGAAAAAGACUUUUUUUGCCUUCCACCACCACAUUUUCGCCACAUGGCUUUGCUCUCCCCGGACCUCUCAUCAUCCAAAUCCAAACUUUACGCAUUUUGGGUUGCUACACUCCUCGUUUCCCCUUUCUCCCACCGAAACCCAUAUUUUCCGACCAAAUUUUUUGAUGCUUUCCUUGAUAACGUCCGCUCAGAAUUUCGAUCCCGUUGCGCACAUCACUGCGGCAGUACUGACUCCGUUGCUAUACCUCGACAGGCAUUUGAACUGA